CACAAGCGCAAAGGUCCAAGUGGGAGUCUUUGGGGUGGUCUUUGUGGCCGCGACCCUGGUGACGUUUUUCGACUGGUACUAGACCCGUAACCGCAGAGACGUGCGCCCCCAAAACGGCCACGCGCGCAUGAUAUAAAGUAGCCCAAGUAUCUCGCAUGACUGAGCGGAUCCAAAUCGCCGCCGAAGAAUAGGAAAGAAGUCCAGAAGAAUUUUGUGACUCCCGCGAAUCCUGCGUAGGCCUUGAUGAUGGAGGCCUUCCUGAAGACCGGCAAACUCGGCCAGAGUUCCGGAGCAUCAGCAGCGGGUUCCAAGAAAACAUCUCAGAGCCAGGGCGGGGGCAAGAGAGGUCCUGCUCCUUGGGUGGAGAAAUACCGCCCUAGAACCGUCGAAGAUGUGGCUUACCAAGAUGAGGUCGUGUCCGUGCUCAAGAAGUCGCUGAGCGGAGCGGAUCUACCUAAUCUGUUGUUUUACGGCCCACCCGGCACGGGCAAGACCUCGACCAUCUUGGCUGCGGCUCGGGAUCUCUUUGGGGACAUGUAUCGGGAGCGAAUCUUGGAGUUGAACGCCUCGGAUGAACGGGGCAUCUCCGUGAUUCGGGACAAGGUCAAACGCUUUGCUCAAUUGUCGGCCUCAGGGCGUCGACCCGAUGGGCGGCCUUGUCCCCCUUUUAAGGUUAUUAUUCUGGACGAAGCGGAUAGCAUGACUAAGGACGCUCAGUCCGCCCUCCGACGAACCAUGGAGAAAGAGGGUCGAUCCACGAAAUUCUGCUUGAUUUGUAACUAUGUGAGCCGCAUCAUUGAGCCUUUGACCUCGCGAUGCGCCAAGUUUCGCUUCAAGCCGUUGGCCAACACGAUCCUUCAGGGACGUUUGGAAAUGAUUGCUGCUAAGGAAGGGAUCAAGGUCAGUGAGGCGGGGAUGGGCGCACUUUUAACCACUUCGGAAGGGGAUUUGAGGAUGGCUAUCACUACUUUACAAUCUUGCGCUCGCUUGAAAAGUGGUGGAGAUGGACCUGAGGCCAUCACCGAGACUGAUGUGUCGGAAUUGAGUGGUGUGGUGUCCAAGGAGUGGCUGGAUCGGAUCAUGAGCACGUUGCAAAACAACUCUUAUUUCGACAUGGAGAAUCUCUUACAAGAGUUCAUGUGCGAAGGCUAUUCUAUCAGUCAACUCAUUCAUCAAAUCCACGUACAAGUGGUCCAAGAUGAUCACCUUUCGGAUGGGCAGAAAUCUCAGAUCUGUGAGGCUUUAGCCGUGAGCGAAAGUCGACUCUUGGACGGCGCCAAUGAAUAUCUGCAGCUAGUGGAUAUCAGCUCGACCAUGAUGAGCACUUUUGCCAAAGGGGCUUAACCUAGAGCAUCACCAAUCAAUCAAUCCUCGUCUUUUUUAACCUCCAACGGCAACGGAACGUGAUUUAACAGUCGAUAAAUAAAAUGAAUGAACACUUGUAAAGCCCAA